CUGAUUUUGAAUAUUUUAGGUUUACAAACAGAAUCCUAAGUUAAAUGUAGAAGAUGAACAACAAACCUUAUGAUAAUGCUGCCAUUACUGAUGCGCAUUGCGCACCCUCUCUUCACCCAUUCUUCUCCUGCACAUAUCCCCAAAUCUUCUUCUUUCUAUUUCUGUCUCUUCUUCACCUCUUUAACUUUCACAACCUUUGGUAUUAAAUAUUAGUCCCUCGCAUUACAAAAUACCUUAGCCAUCGCAGAAAAGGGCAGACGAUUACUAUUAAAUUAUGGAUCCCUGCCCUUUCAUUCGCUUAACUGUAGCCAAUCUCGCGCUUAAACUUCCUUCAGCUGCUAAAUCUGCUCCUUCUGUCGUUCAUCCUUCUUCUUCUCCUUGUUUUUGCAAAAUCAAACUCAAGAAUUUCCCUCUUCAAACCGCCGUAAUCCCUUACAUUCCUCCGGACACCACCAGCUUCCCCGAUGGCCACCCCCAGCCUCUUGCCGCCACAUUCCACCUCAGUAAAGCCGAUCUUGAACGCUUUAUCUCCAAGUCUAUUUUCUCCGGCAAGGUUUUCCUCAAAAUAUCUAUUUUCACCGGCCGACGUGGCACUAGUUGCGGAGUUAACUCGGGGAAGCUUUUAGGGAAAGUAUGCGUGCCGUUGGAUCUGGCGGGAACUGAAACUAAGGCUUGUGUGUUUCAUAAUGGUUGGAUUUCUGUUGGGAAACAAGACAGCAAAGGUUCCUCUGCUGCUCAGUUCCAUUUGAAUGUUAAAGCUGAGCCUGAUCCGCGAUUCGUGUUUCAGUUCGAUGGCGAACCUGAAUGUAGUCCUCAGGUGUUUCAGAUCAAAGGAAAUAUCAGACAACCGGUUUUCACUUGCAAGUUCAGUUUUAGAAACUCCGGUGACCGCAAUCAAAGACCUAGGUCACUGCCAUCAGAUUCCACCACUACAAGAAAAUGGCUAAGUUCAUUCGGAAGUGAUAGGGAACGACCAGGCAAAGAACGAAAAGGAUGGUCCAUAACAGUGCACGACCUCUCCGGUUCACCAGUUGCGGCUGCUUCAAUGGUAACUCCUUUUGUUGCCUCUCCUGGCUCAGACCGAGUCAGCCGUUCCAACCCUGGCUCAUGGCUCAUACUCCGCCCAGGGGACGGCACCUGGAAGCCAUGGGGCCGACUGGAGGCGUGGCGCGAGCGUGGAUCCUCAGACGGGCUCGGCUACCGGUUUGAGCUCAUACCCGACACCAACGGUACCGGCAUUGUACUGGCGGAGUCUGCUUUGAGUUUAAACAAAGGAGGAAAGUUCGAGAUUGAUUUAGGAUGUAAUUUGAACGGACGGUCAAAUGCAGCUUCUCCGGUUUGCAGUCCGAGAAGCAGCGGAGAUUUCGGGUAUGGAUUAUGGCCUUAUUGUCUGUACCGAGGGUUUGUGAUGUCGGCGAAUGUUGAAGGGGAAGGGAAAUGCAGUAAACCUAGCGUGGAAGUGAGUGUUCAGCACGUGAACUGCACGGAGGAUGCAGCUGCUUUUGUUGCAUUAGCUGCUGCCAUUGAUUUGAGUAUGGAUGCUUGUAGGCUGUUCUCUCAACGUCUCCGGAAGGAGCUCUGUCAGGACCGGGACUUACUUGGUUGAUCAUUUUGUUUUUAAUUUUUCUGUAGUUUUAUCUGGGUGGAUUCAUUUUUAGUUCCAUUGCCGGAGUUCUUUUUUUCCUUUUUCUACUAACUAGACUCUGUACAGUAAGGAGAGAAGGUCUUUUUUUAGACAGGCACGCUUUGAUUUUUACUCGUGUGGCUUGUAUUAGUUUCCUUUUUUUUUCUUGGAAGGAAAAAAUAGUUUGUUUUUGAGAUAUUGUAGUCUGAUUUAAGCCGACUUCAAAAUCUUUUACUAAAUUCUAUGAAAUGUAGAUGGU